UUUGUAAGAGGUUAGUGCAAUAAAGUUUAAAAAAACAAAUAAUCGUCGGUAUUUUUAGAGCCUCAAGAGUACCAGAUGCUUGUAGGUUAAAUUUUAGGAGUGUCAAAGAGUGCAUUUUUUUUUUUUUUCAGUCUGUCAAAGUAUUUACACAUUUAAGUUGAAACAGAGUUGCCUUCUCCUGCAGGUAUAUUUUCAGGUGCCUCAUUUCUAGAAUUUUCUAACUAACAUUGGCCCGUUUGUCUUUAUGUAUGUGUACAAGGAUUCAAUUAGCCUACCCACUCCUGAUUUUAAACUUGCAGGGAAUCAUUCUUCUAUUCCUAACAGCAACCAUCGGUUCCCUUAAACCGACACACUGUGAAAUUGGAUGGAUCUCAUGCAAUAAUAAUACUCCAUCAGGAAUCCAAUUUGCAGUGUUGUAUGCAGGAAUUGCUCUUGGAGCCAUAGGCUUCGGCGGCUUAAACUCAAUUAUAGCAUCCUUUGGAGCAGCCCAGCUGGAGAAUGUGAAUGACAGAGGAUCUUUCUUCAGUUGGUAUUUUUUCAUUCUGUGCAGUUCUUCGGUAAUAAGCGGCACCGCUAUUGUCUAUGUGGAGGAUAAUGUCAGCUGGGCAUGGGGCUUUGGCAUAUGUGUGGCGGCCAAUUUAGUUGGCAUUGUUAUUUUCCUGUCAAGAACCCAAUUCUACCAUCAGAUUAGGCCACGAGGCAGCCAAUUCAGCCGCUUGGCUCAAGUAACUGUCUCCUCAAUCCACAAGAGAAAAAUCAUUCUUUCUUCCAAAAGCGAGGACUACUACCAUGGCUAAGAUGACGAUGCUGCCAAUUUGUUGCCAUCGAUACCAUCACCAGAAUUCAGUUUCUUUAACCGGGCAGCCAUUAUAACCGAAGGCGACAUCAAAUUUGACGGCUCAAAAGCAAAACCAUGGAGCCUAAGCACGGUGCAGGAAGUGGAGGACCUCAAAACCCUUAUUAAAAUUUUCCCCGUGUGGUCAACCGGGAUUUUGCUAAGCAUCCCAAUAGCAGUCCAGGCGGGCUUGAUGAUCUUGCAAGUCCUUACAAUGGACCGCCAUCUCGGCCCCAAUUUCGAGAUCCCGGCAGGAUCCUUCACAGUCAUCUCAUUCCUCAGCAUCACCAUCUUCCUGCCGGUGGUGAACAAAUUCAUCUCCCCCACCUGGAAGAAACUGACUCGCCGGCAUCCAACCACCCUCCAGAGAAUAGGAGCAGGACACUUGCUCACCGUGGUUAGCAUGGCGGUUUCUGCCGUGGUCGAAUCUAAGCGGCUGAAUGUGGCCUAUUCCCUCCACCCACCAGACAAACCCGCCUCCACCACCGUGCCAAUGUCCGCCCUGUGGCUGCUGCCACAGGUGGCCUUGGUCGGGUGCGGCCAAGCGUUUCAUUUCCAGGGACAUAUUGAGUUUUACUACCAAGAGUUUCCGGCCUCGCUGAAGAGCACGGCGACGGCGAUGAACUCGGUGACUAUAGCCACUGCAUACUACUUGAGCUCCGGCGUGUUGGAUGUGCUUAAGAAGAAUACGCCUUGGUUGCCGGAUGAUGUCAACAGCGGCAGGCUUGACUUGGUUUUUUGGAUAUUCGGUGGGGUUGUGGCGCUGAACUAUUGCUACUUUCUUGGUUGUUCCAUGUCUUACAGGUACCGUAACCUUGAGCAGAAGGAUGGCUCUCUAGAAGCAGAACAAAAUUGAAGUUAAUGCAAGUAAUCAAAGGUGAGAAUAGUAGGGAAGAGUUAAAACACAUGCUCUAGCCAAUUCGCAUCAGUGUGUGCGUCUGACUUUCUUAAUUAGCAACAUCGUUCCUUGCAAGGUUAUCCCACUCGGUGGCAGAUGAGAAUUUUCCGGAGUGGCAAACAUUGUAUCCCACGUCCAGGAAAAGCGAAGAUUUCUGGGUUUUUGAAGUUGAGAGAAUGAAAACUUAGCCACUUAAAUGUAAUGCUGCGCAAUUGGUGUACUUUUGGACACCAAGUUUCUGAAAGUGUAUUGAUACAGUAUUAAUAUUUUAAGUUU